AAAAGAUACUUGCAAGAUGUUUGCAAACAUAAAAAUGGUUUUGAUAGAUUUAAGCGGAACUAUUCAUAUUGAAAAUAAACAAAUUCCGGGUGCAGUUGUAGCUUUGGAACGAUUGAGAGAAAAGAAGACCAGAGUGAAGUUUGUCACAAAUACAACAAAAGAGUCCAAACGUGUCCUGCUAGAUCGCCUGCAUCAUAUUGGUUUCCAAGUGACUGCUGACGAAGUGUUUACGUCCCUCACGGCGGCACGAAAUCUCGUGGCUUCACGUGGUUUGUCACCGCUUCUUCUUGUUGACGAUAAAGCGUUGGAAGAUUUUAAAGGUUUACCAGAGGGACCAACUAACGCUGUAGUGGUUGGACUAGCACCAGACAAGUUCCAGUAUGGAUGCCUCAAUGAAGCUUUCAGAUUAAUUCUUGAUGGAGCGCCACUGAUUGCAAUACACAAGGCACGCUACUACAAACAAUUGGAUGGGCUUGCAUUAGGACCAGGACCAUUUGUGACCGGGCUCGAGUAUGCAGCAGAUUGUAAGGCAGAGGUAGUCGGUAAACCAGAGGCUGCCUUCUUCUUGUCAGCGAUUGAAGGCAUGGAUGUUCGACCAGAAGAAUGUCUUAUGAUUGGUGAUGAUGCCCGUGACGAUGUAGUCGGAGCAGUCAAUGCAGGAAUGCAGGGUGUACUAGUAAGAACAGGCAAGUACCGCCCAGGAGAUGAAAACAAGUUACCCUCAGGUACACAGGUAGUGGACAGCUUUCCUCAUGCAGUUGACCUCUUGUUGGAUUCUUGACGCCUGUGACAUCAUGGCUGAUGGAGGUCAAAAGUUACCCUCAGGUACACAGGUAGUGGACAGCUUUCCUCAUGCAGUUGACCUCUUGUUGGAUUCUUGACC